CUACUUCAGCACCCACUUGCACAAUCUACCUCAGCACCCACUUGCACAAUCUACCUCAGCACCCACUUACACAAUCUACCUCACCAUCCACUUAACUUACACAACCUACCUCAGCACCCACUUACACAACCUUCCUCAGCACCCACACAACCUGCCUCAUUUAUUUUAAAACUUAUUAAAGUUAAAGAGUUCACACAUUACUGAUACUUAAUACAUUAUUUAUUAAAAUUUACAAAGAAAAAACAUUGUACAAACCUCAUUGUAAAUAUUUUAUGACAAUAUUUUUUCUUUUAAAUCUGUGUUAGCUACAAGAGUUUAUAUGAAAAGAAUUUCCUAUAAGUUAUCCAAUAUUUUUUCAGCAAAGCCUUCGCUGUAGCCAUCAUAAAUGUGAGACAAUAUAGAGAGAGUACAAAAUGUGAACUACUGUAAGUAUAUUGUGUGAGGUACAAUUGUUAUGUGAAGUACAGUAAGUCUAUUGUUAUGUGAAGUACAGUAAGUCUAUUGUUAUGUGAAGUACAGUAAGUCUAUUGUUAUGUGAAGUACAGUAAGUCUACUGUUAUGUGAAGUACAGUAAGUCUACUGUUAUGUGAAGUACAGUAAGUCUACUGUUAUGUGAAGUACAGUAAGUCUACUGUUAUGUGAAGUACAGUAAGUCUACUGUUAUGUGAAGUACAGUAAGUCUACUGUUAUGUGAAGUACAGUAAGUCUACUGUUAAGUGAAGUACAAUAAGUCUGUUGUUGUGUGAAGUACAGUAAUGCAUAACAUAAAAAAAUUGUUGAUUUGUUAGUGUUAAAAACUUGAAAUGAAUCAAAUAAAUGCAACAUGAAGGUAAUGAAGAAACUCCAUCAGUGUUCUGUGUGUGAUAAAGUUUUUCCAACUAAUUCUAAACUCUUGAGACAUAGUGUUACUCAUACAGGAGAGAAGCCAUAUCAUUGUACAGUGUGUCUGAAAGACUUUGCUAGCCAGGACUCAUUAAAACAACAUCACAGAGUUCAUACAGGAGAUAAACCAUUUCAGUGUUUACUGUGUCUGAAAGACUUUGCUACCAAAGCCUCACUAAAUCAACAUCAGGUAGUUCAUACAGGAGAGAAACCAUUUCAGUGUUUAGUGUGUUUGAAAGACUUUACUCUUAAAUCCUCACUGAAACAACAUCAGAGACUUCAUACAGGAGAGAAACCAUUUCAGUGUUCAGUGUGUCUGAAAGACUUUACCAGAAAAUCCUUACUAAAUAUGCAUGAGAGAAUUCAUUCAGGAGAGAAACCAUUUCAUUGUUCAGAAUGUUUGAAAGACUUCACUAAUAAAUCUGCACUAAACAAACAUCAGAGAACUCAUACAGGAGAGAAACCAUUUCAGUGUUUAGUGUGUCUGAAAGCCUUUGCUAGAAAAUCCUUACUAAAUAUACAUGAGAGAAUUCAUUCAGGAAAGAAACCAUUUCAUUGUUCAGUAUGUUUGAAAGACUUCUUUGAUAAAUUCUCUCUAAAACAACAUGAGAGAGUUCAUACAGGAGAGAAACCAUUUCAGUGUUUAGUGUGUCUGAAAGCCUUUGCUAGAAAAUCCUUACUAAACAAACAUGAGAAAGUUCAUACAGGAGAGAAGGACUAUCAGUGCUCAGUGUGUUCACAACAAUUUUCAGUAAAAUGUUCUCUAGUGAGACACAUGAAGACUCAUACAGAAGAAACAACACAUGAGUGUCCAGAGUGUCAGAAAGUAUUUUCAAGUGACUCUCUUUUAGUUAAGCACAUGACACUUCAUAAAGAACAUAAACCAUACAAGUGUUCAAGGUGUCUGGAAAAUUUUUCCCAUAAAACUAACUUAGUAAAUCAUAUGAUAACUCACAUAUGAGAGAGAAUACAUAGCAAUGUGAAUGUUUUAAAAACUUUUUCACAAAAUCUCAUCUUGUAAAACCUCAGGAAAGUGUUUUCAUGUGUUUCCUAGUGGUCACCAGAGUGUAUUGGGGUCAUCUGACUCAGAGGUGCCACAUGUGCUGCUACUUGCUAUCUAAUUUACAAGCAUGAGUACAUACCCAGUAUGUCAGGAGCCAGGCAUGAUUGUCGGUCGACUGACAUUUUAAUUUUGAAUGGCACCAGUUCUAGGAGUCCAGUAUGGAAAAUGGUGUGGAAAUUGGCAGACAGGUACUUCAGGUACUCACAUGAAUCAGUUCCAGUCCUCAACAUUGCUGGUUCACAAUUACCAGAUUAAGCUGAUGUUGCGAUUUCUAAAAUAUGUCAUAUUGUUUAUAUUUUCCUUGUGCACACCUGUCUCCUGCUUUACAUCAUUCUAAAGAAGUAAAUUCCUCUUGAAAUUUACUUCUUCAUACUAUACCUCUGUGUACCAUCCUUGAACUUGUAUUAGCAUUGUUUAAGUGUCAGUCUAUUACAGCUGGUCAUGAUGGUUUACAUUUUCAUAAAUAUGAUUAUAAUGAAUUACCCAAGCUGUACUGAUAAAAUUAUAUACAGUGAAACCUCUGCUUGUGAGUUUAAUCCGUUCCAUGACCUUGCUCGCAACUGGAUUUGCUCGUUGCAGAGUCAAUUUUCCUCAUUUAAAUUAAUUGAAAUGCAAUUAAUCCAUUCCAAUGGAAUUCUGUACUUCAAUAAUUUUGCUAAUAUCAACUCAUACUUAUUUAUUUAUCUCAGUUCAUCUAAUAUGACAUAGUAAACAAUAUAAAUAACAUAGAAACCUGAUAUAUACUCUAAAAUGAAUAAAUAUGUCAUUCAUGUAGUGGUAUGGGUGGUGUCGGCGGUGGACGAGAGUUUGUCUGGAGACCAGGCAAAAUACUUCAUGAAUAAUUUCGCUAAUAUCAUCUAUACUUCUUAUUUAUAAAUCACAGUUCAUCUAAUAUGACAUAGCAAACAAUAUAAAUAACAUAGAAACAUGAUAUAUACUCUAGAAUGAAUAAAAUAUGUCAUUAUGUAACAGGUGAAGGCGGCCACAACCGCUCUCUCUUUGUUGUGGUAAACACUGCCAUUUAGCGAUGGCCUUUUGAAGCUGUCUAUAUUAAUUAUUAUAUGUAUGUAUUACUAUUAUACAUAUAUUAUUACUAUUACUAUUAUUAUUAUAUGUUUUAUUAUUAUACAUAUUAUUAUUAUUAUUAUUAUUAUUAUUAUUAUUAUUAUUAUUAUUAUUAUUAUUACUAUUAUUAUUGUUAUUAUAUAAAUUGUAAUUUUUAUUCACAAAAAAUAUAAGAUUUACUGUUAUUCCUUAUUGCAAUAAUUGUAUAAAUAAUGUCAACCCAUUCACAACUGCAUAUUGGAAUGAAACAGCCACACAAUGGACCAUUUCUCCUAGGUUGAGCUCAAUUUCAAGGCACUUUUUGUCAUGAAAGUAAUCAAAAUCAUAUCUAUUUCUGUAAUAUAUCUUCCAUUCUAUCAAAUGAGACCAAGAAAAUGAGAAAACAACCAUAAAAACCAUUCGAAAUUACCGCUAAGGGGUGGCUAAUUUAUGCUUAGAUUUCUUUCAUUUUUGGUGUACGUUAAGAAGCAUCUUCCCAUCAUACAUUGCCCAAGUUUCAAUAAGAUAGUCCAACAAACAAAUGAGAUACAAUUUCCAGUGUCAAGGAACCUGCCUUGAGGUCUGCUCGCUUGUGGAAAUUUUGCUCGUGUAUGGAAGCAAAAAAUCGACCCAUCGACUGCUCGUAUUUGGAAAAACUCGCAUGUGGACAUGCUCACAAGUAGAGGUUCCACUGUACUAGAUCUACAUAUAAGUAGUAUGUAAGACUUAUGAUUAGUUCACUUGAAACAUUUUUACAUAAUUAGUGAUUUUCUUCCAAGUCCUAUAUUGUACCAGAUCUCUACAUUAUAAUAACUGUAUAAUAACUUAUAAUAACCAAUUUGCAUAACUCAUAAGAUGAAAUAAAAUUUUUUUUUAUUUUUCCUC